CCGGACUGGAAGGGAGGGAAAGUGUCCGGACUGGAAGGGGGGGGGGGAAAGUGUCCGGACUGGAAGGGGGGAAAGUGUCCGGACUGGAAGGGGGGGGGGAAAGUGUCCAGACUGGAAGGGGGUGAAAGUGUCCGGACUGGAAGGGGGGAAAGUGUCCGGACUGGAAGGGGGAGAAAGUGUCCGGACUGGAAGGGGGGAAAGUGUCCGGACUGGAAGGGGGGAAAGUGUCUGGACUGGAAGGGGGUGAAAGUGUCCGGACUGGAAGGGGGGUGAAAGUAUCCGGACUGGAAGGGGGUGAAAGUAUCCGGACUGGAAGGGGGGGAAAGUAUCCGGACUGGAAGGGGGGGAAGUAUCCGGACUGGAAGGGGGGGAAAG